GGAGGAUCAGUGUUUGGGAAGUGCGUCAUCAUUGUGCGACGUGGCGUACAGUCUAGCGAAGGACGCCAGGAUGACUGUGGUUAUGACAAAAGGAUAGUAUAAAGCUUUUGUAGGAGCGAUGGCGAUUUCUUGUUUGACCCGAGCCCUGCGCUCCCUCACCGUGUCCAAGCCUGCUCUGCUGUUCUCUCACUCUCAGGUUAAACUAGGAGCUCAGGUGUCUGGAGUAGCGCCAUGCCGGGGCUUCCUCACCACAGCCAGUCUGGAGCAGAACAGCACCCUUUGGAAGCAAAGAGAAAAGUACACGGUCCGACCAAUUGGCAUGAAGAAAACAGGAGGCCGAGAUCACACGGGUAAAAUCAGAGUACAUGGCAUCGGAGGGGGCCACAAACAAAGGUAUCGCUGGAUCGACUUCCAGCGUCUGCGCUAUGAACCAGACAAAGAAGGACAGCCCUUUGAUGAGAAAGUUAUGAAAGUGCGAUACGACCCAUGCAGGACCGCUGACAUCGCUUUAGUCGCCGGAGGCAACCGCAAAAGAUGGAUCAUUGCUACAGAGACAAUGGAGGAGGGAGACAUUAUUAAAACAUCACCAGUCAUUGGACGCAUGGCAGUGUCAGCCAAUGAGGGUGAUUGCUACCCACUGGGAGCACUUCCUGUGGGCACACUGAUCAAUAACCUGGAGGUCCAACCCGGGAGGGGAUCAGAGUACAUCCGCGCUGCAGGCACAAGUGGGGUUUUACUACGCAAAGUCAACGGAACGGCGAUUGUUCAGCUGCCGUCAAAGCGGCAGGUUCAGGUGUUGGAGACCUGCAUGGUCACGGUGGGCCGGGUGUCCAACGUGGACCACAAUAAAAGGAUAAUCGGCAAAGCGGGACGCAAUCGCUGGCUCGGCAGACGCCCGUCCAGCGGCUUAUGGCAGAGGAAGGGGGGCUGGGCGGGGCGCAAGAUUAAACCGCUGCCGCCGAUGAAGAAUUUCGUCAACCUGCCCUCCAUCUCGACUAACUGAUCUUAUGUGACACACCGAAAUAAAUAAAGGAACGCUGUUUGUACAGAA